AUGAUGAACCUGCGGAUCCAGUGCAUUCUAGUGUUCCUCACUUUGUAUGUGCAAGAGGGAUUAACAAGGGAUUAUGAAGCAAACCUGGGAGCAAAUGUUCUUUUACAGCUGAAGGUGACAGACUACCAUGUGAGGUGUUCCGUGGUGUCCCGCUAUGCUGUUACCAGAGUCCAGAGUUCAGUCUGGAACCAGCUGCCCAUCACCAAGGAGGCGGCCUUCGAGGUGGACCUGCCCUCCUCUGCUUUCAUCUCCAACUUCACCAUAGCUAUUUCUUCUGCCUCUUUCCUCCAUCCCAUCAGCACCUCCAACGGCAAGGUGUAUGUGGCCCAGGUGAAGGAAAGAGCUGCUGCCAGGAAGAUUUACGAUGCCGCCAAGAAGCAAGGAAAAACAGCCGGACUUGUUGCCACAAAAGAGAGGGAGAUUGACAAGUUCCGCGUGGCGGUGAGCGUGCCGUCGGGAGCUCGGAUGUCCUUCUCCCUGAGCUACGAGGAGCUGCUGCCUCGGCGGCUCGGCCGCUACGAGCUCAGUCUGGGUCUGAGGCCGGGACAGCCCGUGCAGAACCUCACCUUAGACGUCAGUAUAAUGGAGCGGACGGGCAUCAGUUUCAUCAAAGCCUUUCCUCUUAAGACGAGCCGACUGCUCUCCAACACUGCUCAAGGUGACGCAGAGCCUCCUGCCUCAACUCAUGUGGAGCAGAGCGCUUGCUGUGCUCGGGUUCACUACAGUCCUACUCUACAGCAGCAGAACAGCAUCUCCUCUAAAGGUCUAAACGCAGACUUCAUCAUCCAUUAUGAUGUGGAUCUUAAAGACCUCAUGGGUGAAGUACAGGUGUAUGACGGCUACUUUGUGCAUUACUUUGCACCCAGAGGGCUUCCUGUGGUUCCUAAGGAUGUUAUAUUUGUCAUUGAUGUCAGUGGCUCAAUGAUAGGCACUAAGAUGAAACAGACCAAGCAGGCCAUGGGCACCAUUCUCGGGGACCUGAGAGAGGGAGACCACUUCAAUAUCAUCACCUUCUCAGACAAAGUUCACACCUGGAAGAAAGGACGAACAGUUCGGGCGACUCGGCAGAAUGUACGAGACGCCAAAGACUUUGUGAAGAGGAUUAUUGCAGAAGGAUGGACAAAUAUCAAUGCAGCUCUGCUUUCAGCUGCCCAGCUGGUCAACCCUCCAUCCUCUGCCUCUUCCAGCCACCUCUCAUCCCGCCGUGUCCCUCUGGUCAUUUUCCUUACGGAUGGGGAGGCAACCAUCGGAGUGACGGCUGGCGACACCAUCCUUAACAACGCCAAGAAAGCUUUGGGCUCCUCCUCUCUGUUUGGCCUGGCCUUUGGAGACGACGCCGACUUCAUCCUCCUGAAACGCCUGGCUCUGGAUAACCGCGGCGUGGCUCGGAUGGUGUACGAGGAUGCAGACGCAGACUUGCAGCUGAAGGGCUUCUACGACGAAGUGGCCAGCCCUUUGCUGUCAGACAUCCAGCUGUCGUACCUGGAUGACCAGGCGUUUGACAUCACCCGCUCCCUGUUCCCCAACUACUUCCAAGGCUCAGAGUUGGUGGUGGCUGGGAGAGUCAAACCAGGGGUCAAGGAUUUUAAGGUGUCAAUGUCCGCCACUGACUCAAAGCAACACGUCAAGUUGGAGAACGAUGUGUUGAUUUCCAGUGCAAAGGGGAACGGGAGUGAAGUUUUACUCGACUGCUCAGGAGACAUGGAAGGAAUCUCCAGCUUUGUGCGCCGUCUCUGGGCGUAUUCCACCAUCAAGGAGCUGCUCAUGGCCAAACUGAACGCUACUGACCCUGCAACUCAAAGGCUACUGGCAGACAAGGCCACCAACCUAUCCCUCAAGUAUAACUUUGUAACACCAGUCACUUCUUUAGUCGUAGUCAAGCCGGAUGUAGAUGAAGCAGCUCAAGCUCCAACCACCGCAAAACCCACCACGGCAGCGACUACAACGACAGCAAUGACUACUGCCGUCACCAAAAUAUCUGCUGCCGGUGCUGCAAAGAAGCCCAGCGCACCUUUUAACGCCAGGCCUAACAAAAGAAAACCAGACCCUCAUCAGCCACCGCCAAAGCAGAAUAAAAAAAUCUCAUCCCCAACUCCAUUCUCUGGUAAAAAGCCCACUCCUUCUCAAAAUGAAUCCAAAACUGCUUCUCUUCCUCCUCCCCCCCCCCCUCCUCCUCCUCCUGCGGGUAAGAUACCCACCUCUGUGCUUAAUGCUCUAAAAACAGCGGCACCCCCUGCACCUGGAAAAGUCUCCACCCCCCAGGCCAAAGCCUUGAAAACAACCACCACAAUGCUAACAUUCACCACGAGCUCCGCACCUCCACUUAGUUCAGUCACAACUGCCCCUGCGACCCUGCCAGGGAGACCCCUUACCCAACAGCCCAGUACGGCGAGGCCAGCCCUGCCUUCUGUCAAAGUGACUGUGCCCUCCACAGAGGCAGAAAACAGCAGCACAUCUGCUCCAGAUGUGCCUGAAAUCACCACCGCCCUGCCCAAACUGUUGCCUCCGCUCACCUCUCCCACCCCGGCACCGGCUCCGGCUGUGGAAGACAACAACACUGACCUGACCAUCGCCACCUUCGUGUCAGCCACCUUUGCUCCCAUGCCUGGUGUCACAGACGGGCCGCGGCUGUGGGAAGCAGCAGGGCUUCUGGAUGUCUCCACUUUCAUUCAGAGGAAAGAUAUCGAUCUUGUAAAAGAGGCAAGCAAUGACAACUCAUUGCUUGCCUCUAUUUUCCCAGACUACGACGCAACCUAUGACUACGACUACGAUCUCAACUAUGACGCCUGGGAUGAUACUGCAGACACUGGAUCAUUUGACGCUGCUCCAUCCAGACUGAGCACCAUCCGGGUCUUCUCCUCAUCAGUUGAUGGAGAUCCUCAUUUCGUGGUCCAGCUGCCAAAGCUGCAUCAGAACCUGUGUUUCACCGUGGACGGCAGAGCUAAUGAUGUCCUCAGACUGGUAGAGGACCCAGAGAGAGGUAUCAUUGUUGACGGCCAUCUAAUGGGCGCUCCCUCCAAGCACGGUGCUGAAGAGCGCCCGCGGACAUACUUCGACCGGCUCACCAUUUCCUCGGCCACGGGCGGCUCCAGUGACAUCAUGAUCACCCUGUCACUGGACUCUGUGGUGGUGGAAGGGGAAGGGCGGGACCGUCUUCCCAUCAAUCAGCAGGGGUCGGUGAUGAGGCAGGGGGUGACCGUUGCCGUGGACAACCAUCAGAGCUGCUGGAUCGAGCUGGCCAAGGACGUGCGCUUCCUGGUUCUGUUCCACCACUACAAACAGCCCAGCUACCUGCAGAUGGCUCACCUGGGCUUCUACAUCACAGAUGGGCGGGGGCUGUCUGCUUCAAGCCAAGGCCUGCUGGGCCAGUUUCAGCACGCUGACAUGCGAGUAACAGCGGUGAAGGAUUAUCUGGGUGGAGGUGCUCGCUAUGAGGCGGUUUCAGCCAGGGGGACCCUGAGGUGGGGAUUGGAGAGCAUGCUGCUCACCUUGCAGGACAAGACACUGAAAGACACGGUGCGGAAACGCCACAUAGGCAAGUGUUGGGUGGUGCCCAAGGGAGAGAUAGAGAGACUGCUGGGUCACCCGUACGAGAGCUAUGUGGUGAAUCAUGGGUAACUCUAGCUGAGUCUGCUCCGCCUUGUUGCCUCUCUGCUGCACAGCUCAGGUCACAGCAAUUCUCAUGGCGUUGUUAAUGGACAAAAGCAUGAACACAAACUGGGACUCCGUGAGGCUAAAAUGACACGUCACAUGCCACACAUUGUCUAAUAAUAAUAAUAAAAAUAAUAAUAAUUAUAACACAGGUGUGCUUACAAAAGAGGGUGACACUUUAUGAAGGAGUAAUGAGGAAUAGGGCUGCACGAUAUGAGAAAAAUAUCCAAUUGCGAUGAUUUUGACUGAUAUUGCUGUUGCGAUAUGAUUCAAGAUAUUGGAGGGAAUAACUUUUUGUAUCAUUAUUCUCAUUUUCAUUGACAAUUAUUAAAAUUCAAAUGAUUGUAGUGUGAUAUUUUUCUUCUUUUUUUUUUUAAAGAUUUUUUGGGGGGCAUUUUUAGGCCUUUAUUGACAGGAAAGGGGAGAAAGAGGGGGAAGGACAUUCAGCGACAGGUCGGAAUUCAAGGACUGAUCCUUUGCACAUGGGGCGCACACUUAACCAGGUGAGCUAUCCAGGUGCCCCUAUAGUGUGAUUUUUGCG